CCACAUUAUAUUGUUGUUGGUUAAUAUGUAAGAGGCAGGUCAUUCCAGGAAUUUAGCAAAUAGUAAAAUUAAACAAUUAUUGUAAACGCUUACAACAUUACUGUAAUACAAUAAUUCUGUUGUAACUGUUAAUCGUAGUAUGAUUCGGGCGUAACAACUCAUGGUCAGUCUUACACUUUCAGUAAAAACAAUGAACAGCAUGGCAAAUGAGAUGGUUUUUUGUUGUACGUUGUUUGUAAUAUUAGUCAGCACUGUGGUUUCAGAAGAUUUCAGCCAAGACAAUGAUUGCAGACUUCAACCAAUAUCUUUCGGGUAUUAUCUUGGAGUGUCAAAGACUAAAUAUACCAAGGCUUCUAAAUGUUGCGAAAACAAGAAAAUGAUACUAGCAAGCUUGAAGACUCUACAGGAAAUAGAAGCACUGAGAGAUGCUCUAGCUAGCGAAUCGUUUUGGGCAGAGCCAAUUGGUCCAGCGAAUGGUGUCUAUAUUUCAUCAUUUGGCAAUGUUACCAGCUACCAACGUUUCUAUCCAAGGAAAUUUGGACAAUCGCUGAAGAGCAGACCAACAAUGAACAUGACCGCAAACAAAGUUUGCAGCAUAGCUUACUUGGCAUCUCCGCAUAAUAUCAGCCUUUUGCAUGCUGGAGUGCCUUGCAAAAAUCAUUUUAGAUUUCUGUGUCAGCAACGCAAUAGUUUAACCAAGGCUGAUGAUUCAUCCCUCCUUUGUCCUCGAGUCAACUAUACUGAACUGAUUGAAGAUACUUAUUUAUACGCCAACACGCAGUUGGAGUGGCGAGAUGCUCGAGAUUGCUGCGAAUUUAAGGGAGGAGAGUUAUUUCGAACAGAGUCUGUCUCAGAUUCGGAAGAUGUUGUUCAAUCACUGGUAGACAAUGCAAUUAUGGAAAGCAAGACAAACAACAGUAUUUCAUUUUGGACUGGAGGAUUUAAAAAACUGGACAAAUCUCAUUUUACGUGGUCCAACAGCGAACAUGCUUUGCUAGAGAAUAUAACUGCAAAUGCAGAAUUUUGUAUUCGAGGAACAAUAAAAGAUGGGAAUAUUUCUGUACAAGAUUUUCCAUGCGAAACAUCGCUUAAUUCUAUAUGUAGAAUCAAAGUGCCAAAAAAGUGUCCAUUUGUAAAUAUGAAGGAACUGAGCCUUCAAAAUACGUACAGAGAGUACCACUACAGUGAUUCUUACAAACUUUCAUGGUCCGAAGCCAUGUUAUGCUGUCGUGAAAAGGGUCUAGAGCUGUUAAGCAUGAUUUCACCUCAAGAGGGAAAGGCUUUGGCAACAUAUUUCCAGACAUCUUCAUUGUAUGAGCAUCGCCAUCAGGGAUUUCCAUAUGGAAUUUGGACAUCCGGGCGACAACGCAAAGAUAAAUUAUUUGAAUUUGUUGCAGUCAAGACGAAGACAAAACUUGAGCAUACUGGUCAAAAUCAUUUUAUUCAGAGCUCAUCAAACGGCACAUGUUUGCAAUUCGUUAUCGAUGUUAGGAAUUCGUAUUUUUUAAACAACGUAAAGUGCAAAUCCAUCCGAUCUUUCAUUUGCGAAAAACCAGCAAGCGUUAUCUACCAGCAUUUGGAACCGAUAGAAUUACGUGAAGUAGGGAAUAAAUAUUUGCUUGCUGUACGCAAGCAAACUUGGGGGAAAGCAAACGGCAUUUGUUUAGACCACAAAAUGUCUCUACUAAAUCUGAAUAAUUUUGAAGAGAAGAAAUCUUUGCUCCCAGUCCUGAACUUAUUGUCAUCAAAUGGUACUUUAGAAAAAUUUUGGUCUUCACCUCUGGAUCCUGGUCUCUCGAUGGAGUUUAAUCCAAUUUCGUAUGAGGGAAGGAAAAAGGAAAACCAGAAAAAUUUUAGCCCUCUACACAAACAGUCACAGGACAGAAUUCAAAAAAAGUUUAGAACCCUGACCAUUGCAAAACGACCAAAUGUGACUGGCUUAUCCAACUGCACUUCCACUGCUGUCACGGAUGGUAAAAUAAGAGUCUCAACCUCUGGUAAUUGCAGCGAUGAAAACAGAUUUAUCUGUGAAAUGCAGGAUGAGUCAUACGGUAUUUGUGACACAUCAUCACUGGUAAAAUCAGGCCAAUUUCUGCUCAGUAAAGAUGAGGCGACAUGGGAAGAGGCAAAAACAUGUUGCAGUCUCAAAGGGAGAAAUCUAAUUUCUCUAACUGAUGUAAAAAAUCUUCGCGACAUUUAUGCAAUUCUGAAAGAAAAUGGGCUUACACGCCCAAACAUUGGGAUUUGGACAUCUGGAACGAACAGAAUCACGAGAGAGCGAUGGACGUGGACAGGAAGUCAUGAAUUUGUCAAAUCGAAUAUAUUUUACAAUGACUACACGCUCUUUGACGAAUUGAGCGUGGCAGAAGAUGACAACCAGUGUUUGGAAGCGUUUGCUAAUGCAGGAAAAGUUACACUUGACCACGAGGAUUGUGAUCUUGCUAAGCCAUUCAUGUGUGACAUCAAAAAUGUGAUAGCGCUAAAAUCUUGCGAAAACAUACGAUUUGAGAAAUUGAGGAGGUCACAGUUUUAUUACGCUUUGAGCAAGGUAUCGUGGAUUCAUGCUCAAGAGUGUUGUCAGCAAAGAAAAAUGACGCUGGCUGAAAUUCAUGACUCUGAUAUAAGUAAAGAUUUACAGUUAUACGUAGCAGAGAAAUCAGAUCAUGUUCAUGAAGAUCCUGAUUUUGGAGUAUGGAUCGGAUUGACGAGUGAGAUUUCGAACCAUACAACAUUCAAGUGGACUGGAUCUUCAAAAGAGUUAAGCACGGAUUUCACCAUGUGGGAAUCUCCUGAAUUACAUUCUCCAGAUCCUAAAGCUUCGUGUGUCGAAGGCUACAUGAAAAAUGGUUUGCUUGUCUGGAAGCCGAUGCCUUGCUCGAAGGAAUUGCGAUUCAUUUGUCAAGAGAAAUAAAGAAACUUAUGAAUAAUUUUUUAGUACUUUAAUG